AGUUUUGAUAAUGUUGUCAUCUGUACAAAGAAAAAACUUUUCCGUUUUUAGUAGCUACAUCGUUGUCGUGUAAACGUACCCUAGUUAGGAGCAGUGAGUGAUUUUCUCUUUUUCUUAUGUUGUUUGAUUAACUAAAAAAAUACGUAAAGAACCUUCAUGGUCCUGUAAAAAUAGUUAUGUAAUAGUGUUAUAUGUUAUAAUUGAUCCAAGUGUAUUGUGUUAGUUCUCAUUUCUUUUAUAUUUCCCGAUUGUAAAAGAGACUAUUUUCAAAUAUAGGCCUAUUAGAAGAUCAGAAAAACUGCAGGUUUGAAAUUUGCAUUACAUUCAUGGUUAUUGUAUUUAUGAGGUUUACAAUAAUAAACGCAAUUUAUUUUCCAACAUAACGUAGAUUCAAAUGAAACAUGCAGUCACGAUCUGAAUAUCUGGCAACCCCUUUAACAGACGGGAACUUUCACUGUGACUGCUAGAGGGCGGAGCAUCGGUGCAGGGGCUCAAGCACUCCGGAAACAUUUGUAAUUCGUUGUUAAUAAACUAAUUCCAUUUAUUUAAAUUCUACUGCAUUCAUUCAAGCUCAGCACUGAUAUGUUAUUAUAAUAAAAAAAUAUAAUUGUCUUAAAUCGUAAGUUUAUCAAAACUACAAACUACAGUGCAAAAAAACCUGGCUGGCGAUUAGUUUUUAAUCUGAAAAAGCCAGGUAUUUUUUAUUGCACUUUUAAACUUCAGCAGUCUAAUAGUAGGUCUAAUGAUCUACAAAUUGUUAAAUAAUUCUUCUACAUGCUGCUCACGCACAACCAUAGAUGGCGGUAUUGUAUUAGAUUGAGUUUACUUCGGAGGCGAAUCUAUUCUGUCCUGAACAUCGUUGAACUUUAACACGGUUUCUGUUCAAGUACAGCAGUGAGACAGAUUGACAUCAAGGAUGUCCAGUCCCAGAAAAGUGGUCGAGCUGUUUUAUGAUGUUGUUUCUCCUUAUUCCUGGCUGGCAUUUGAGGUGCUGUGUCGCUAUAGAAAUGUUUGGAACAUCGAACUCAAAUUUAAACCAGCAUAUUUAGGGGGAGUCAUGCAUGGCUCAGGUAACCGGCCCCCUGGAGUGGUCCCGAAUAAGUUUCUUUACAUGAACCAAGAUCUGAAGCGGCUGUCUGAGUACUUUGUGAUCCCUUUGUCUCCACCUUCAAACCCUUUUGAGGCAAUGUUUGAGAAAGGCUCUUUGAAUGCGAUGCGUUUUGUGACAGCUGUAGCAGAGAAGGACAAAGAGGAACACGUGCUGGUGGAGAGGGUAUCAAGAGAGCUCUGGAAAAGAAUCUGGAGCACUGAUCAGGACAUUACCCAGCCUGCCUCAUUCACUGAGGCAGGAUUAAAGGCAGGUCUCUCAACCAAUGAGGUGGAGGAAAUUCUAAACCUUGCCAAAUCUCAACCAAUCAAAGACAAGCUGAAGAGUGUCACACAGGAAGCACUGGAUUAUCAAUGCUUUGGUUUUCCGUGCAUUGUGUGUCACAUGAACGGAAAGGCUGAGGUCUUCUUUGGUUCUGACAGAUUUGAGCUCAUGGCUCAUUGCAUUGGGGAGAAGUGGGUGGGGCCUCAGCCUGUCAAACCCACAGCCAAAAUGUGAUCACUGCUCCUUUAUACUUUGUAAAGUUCAACAACUUCUAAAUAAAUAAUUAAAUUUGGGUAUUCAACAGCAAACAUAAACACACAAAAUAACAGAGGCAAAAAACAAGUCAUGGAGACAGAAAUAAAAAGAUUUAUGUCUA